AUGGGUUGCACCGAGGAGAGGAAGGUGUUAUAUGCUACUUAUAUGCUGACAGGGGAUGCAGAGAUGUGGUGGCACGGAGCUCGUGCUAUGCUGGAGGCCCGAGGUGAAGUCAUCACUUGGGCUGUAUUUAGAAGUAGUUUUCUGGGUAAGUUUUUCCCUUCUCAUGUUCGUGCUCCCAAAGAGUGGGAGUUUCUAAACUUGGUGCAAGGAAACUCAUCAGUCUAUGAGUAUGCAAUACAGUUUGAGCGGCUUUACAGAUUUUAUUCUCACCCGACCUCAGAGGAGUGGAGAUGUCAGAGGUUUUCAGACGGGUUGAGAACUGACAUAAAGAGGAUUUUAAUCCCACUUAAGAUCACAGAAUUUGCUGACUUGGUGGAUCAAGCCACCAUUAUAGAGAGUCUUAAUGCAGAGGAUGUUGGUGGAGUUGGGAAGGCUCCAUCUAGUAGAGCUGCUAGUAGCUAUGGUAAUGGAAGUAUGGGUGCUAAGAAGGGCCCUACAGUCGGUCGCUACGCCAACAACAAUCUCGACCAUCUCAUUCGAGAGGAUCGGCAGCAUCAGCCCCAAUGUGGUGGGCCACACUACCUGAGCCAGUGCCCACAGACUGAUGUUAGAGUUUGCUUCUCAUGCCAGCAGCCAGGGCAUCUUGCUAGGGACUGUCCUGCGCCUAGUAGGGCAGUUUCGUCUUUUGCUAGCGCCUUGCACGCUAUGAGACCUAAAGCGACUAGAGCUCCGACGAGAAUUAGAUCGAGAGCAGAGGGACGUGUAUUCAUUACUUCUGCAUCAGAGGCAGCCCAGGCGACAGAUCUCGUUCAGGGGACAGCGGUAGUGGCAGAGGAUAUUCCUGGAAUACCUCCACGUAGAGAGGUGAAGAUUUCUAUAGAUUUGAUUCCUGGAGCUAAGCCAGUGUCUGUAGCACCUUACAGAAUGGCGCCGAAAGAGUUGAUGGAGCUUAAGGAGCAGAUUGAGGAUCUAAUGCGGAAACAGAUGAUUAGGCCGAGUGUACACCUCCGGGAGCACCAGUUCUCUUAG